CCUGUACCACGCAGUUAGUGCCGCGAGCGCGUUGAGUCGUAUGCUGCGUAACAGGUCGUCUCAGCGCUGCCUAGCACAAUGCUCUACCCAUCUGUAAUCAUCAUCCUAGUCAUCGGCGCGGCUGCAGGCGUUCCGGAAACCACCCAGACUGACCCGGCCACCCACGACCGCUCUCAGCAAGAGACCCUACAGGAGCCGGUGCCAGAUCAUGUGGUCCAGAUGGAGAAGAGGUCCCCACACUAUGACUUCGGGCUGGGCAAGCGAGCCUAUAGUUAUGUCUCCGAGUACAAAAGGCUCCCUGUAUAUAACUUUGGGUUAGGGAAAAGAUCACGUCCGUACUCCUUCGGUCUGGGGAAGCGGUCAGUAGACGAGGAGCAAGUGGACGACUUUCCCAACGAGCUGGACCAGGGGACUUAUGACGUUUUCGACCAGUACGAUGAUACACCAGCAUACGAGGUGAAACGAGCUCGGCCCUACAGUUUCGGCCUAGGCAAAAGAUUAUCUCAGAACGACGACGACGCUGCUGCUGAAGAAAAACGCGCAAGGACCUACGAUUUCGGCCUAGGCAAACGGCCGCACAUGUACAAUUUCGGCCUCGGCAAACGCGCUAGAAGCUACAAUUUCGGCCUUGGAAAACGUCUCGCGAGCAAAUUCAAUUUCGGCCUAGGAAAACGUCAGAGGGAUCUUCACAGGUUCAGUUUCGGCCUAGGCAAAAGGUCUGUGGAUAUGUCGUAUGACGAAAAUGACAACUAUAUCGAUGUUUAGAUUUAAUUACGGAAUUUAAGUGGGAACUUGUGUGGGAUACUACGAUCAAGUUAAUGUGCAAUCGAUUUUUUUAUUUCAAUCCUAUAUUAAAUUUUUUAUAGAUUUUUAUUUACUUGUAUGUUAAAUUAAUAAAACAUAUAUUAUCAAUUAGUUAGUUAUGUUCCUAGAAUUUGUAUGUGAUAAUUAUGUACACUGUUAUGUUUUCAUUUAAAUUAUGGUGGACAUAUUUUAGUCCAGAAAAGUUAGGUUCUGACUCGGAACUAAAAAGUACGGAAUUCUUUUUCCAGUCAAAAAAAAAUUAAUGUACGUAUCGUAAGAUUAAUUAAUUAUAUCUGACCCCUUUUUACUAGUAUAACUUUCCUUGGCUAUUUAUCGAAUGAUUGUAUAUCUUAAGUAUAUUAUAAAUACUAGAUAAUUAAUUAAUCAUUGUUUUGGCGGGGAAAUAAUUCCACGUAAGUUUUCAUUCUAGUCACUGUUUCUAGUCUGUAUUUUUGUGGUAUUUAUUUCAUAUUGUCAGUAUUUCAACUUAAAAUAAUAAUUUCAUAAUAUUCUCAGAGUAAAAACGUUUUCAUGUUUUAACACAAAUUUUUUCAUGUCAUUAAUAAAUGAAUGCUAUGUUUUUUUUUAAAUAUUGAUUAUUAUUAUAAUAUAAACUGAAUUUUAAAUGAAAUAAGUAUUUAGUAAGUUUAAUGCGCAUUUUUGAUUUAAUUUUGUAAAUUAUUGUUAAUGUAGUUGUAUAGGUAGUAAACAUUGUAAGUUGAUAAAUGCUUAUUAUUAAUAUUAAUAUUAAAUCAUAGAGCUAUGAAACUGUGUGAAAAUUACUUCAAUUCGUUCGUUUUUUAAAUAAACUUAUAAAAUCGUGCCAAAUUAAAUUUUUGAUCAGAAAUUAUAAGUCUCUUAAAUGUAAUUUUUGUAUAUCUUUGAAUUCUUUUAAAAUUUUAUGUAAAAAGAAAGAAAAAAUUCUAGUCAAUUAUACCAAAGGUUACUCCAUAGUUUUCGUAGUUCUAUGAGCCUUCUAUGUAAGUUUCUUGAAGACUUGACGUGUUGUUUUGAAUGUAACCAAAUAAAUAUACAAAUAAAAGAAAAUUAUACAAAUCAUAGAAGAUUGCAUCAUC